UUAAUCUGCGAAUCUCUAAAAGAAUCUAAAGGGAAGCUGGCUGUUGGAGAUAAUGUGACUCUAGCUGAUUUGGUUCUAAUUUCUGCUAUUGACCAUCUGAAUGAUUUGGAUAAAGAAUUUUUGACUGGAAAGUAUCCUGAGAUACAUAAACAUCGAGAACAUUUGUUAGCCAGUUCACCGAAAUUGGCGAAUUAUUUAUCAAACAGACCUGCAACUACAUUUUAA